GUGAAAAUGAAUCAAAAAUUUGAUAAAAGAAUGUCCCGAGAGCCGGAUAGACCAGAUUAUGUGGUGGACAAAUCGAAAGGCUACAUCUAAUCUUUUGUCGCAUGGAUCUCGGUGUAUCUUUAUCGAUAAACUUGACGAUGUUCGUGCCGAACCUUUCGACUUUAUAACUGCUUGAUGUCAGUGUAUCUGCUACGUCUAAUUUGAGUAUGAUCCAGCAUGAAGAUCCAGUCGUUUUCGAAAGUCAUUUGAAUGAUUCGCUGCCUUCGUCAAAUAGUUCCUCGACCGUUGCUAAAGGAAAGUUAAUGAGCUAUAAUGAGAGUGUGCAAGACAAUACCGACAAUGAUGAAACUGACGGAAAGAUAAGGAUGUUUACUUUCAUUAGAAAGAGGACCCCAUUGCAUGUAUCCACCCCAUUGCCAUCUAAAGAUGCAAACAUCAAGCCCCAGUCGAGCCCUGUAGCGAAAGCGAUAGUCCUGCUGGAGAUCUAGAAACGGAGUACACUACAAAAUAGGAAUCUACUUAAACGCGUAAAAAAGUUUCCUUACCAACUGAUGAUUUUGAAUUUUUUGUUCACUUGACUGUCUUUAUCUUGCUAAAGGACCCUACAACACGCGAGGAGACAGAAAUUGAAUUCCUCACAUCUGGAACACACUUAUCAACGAUAUUCACAAGUUUUGUUGGCAAACAAAAGACAAUUAUCUCGACGAGUUCUUCAACCUUGAACUACACAUUCCGCUGUUGUACUACGCCAGCAAAAU